AUGCUCUUUCUCGCCUCCUUUGCGGCAAUUCUGCUGACCACCACGGUCGCUGCGUUGCAGAGCCCCCAUCGCAAGGCAACAUCUUUAAGAAACUCCCCCAAGUCUCUGCACAAGAGAGAAGCAACGCAUGCAAUUUCGUCAGAAUUGAGUUAUUUGAAUAAAAAAACCGAGAAAUUUCUUGUCAACGGCACAAACUUUCCACAGGUGCCAUUUGACAUAGGUGAGAGCUACUCUGGGCUCUUAUCCAACACUCCUCAUGGCAAUUCAAGUCUGUUCUUUUGGUUUUUUCCUUCCAGUAAUCCUGCUGCCGAUCGAGAGAUCACCAUCUGGCUGAACGGUGGUCCUGGGUGCAGCUCUUUAGAUGGGUUACUCCAGGAGAAUGGACCUUUUCUGUGGCAGUCUGGGACGUAUGCGCCCGUUCGAAAUCCUUAUUCUUGGACAAACCUGACCAAUGUUGUCUACAUUGACCAGCCAGCCGGGACUGGCUUGUCUCCUGGACCGGCGACCGUGCAGGAUGAGAUUGAUGUUUCCAAUCAAUUCAAUGACUUCUGGAGAAGGUUUAUUGAAACAUUCAGCAUGCAAGGCUACAAGGUUUAUAUCACUGGAGAGAGCUACGCGGGACAAUACAUACCCUACUUGGCAGCUGGAAUGCUGGAUCAAAAUGACACGACCCACUUCAAUCUCAAGGGUAUUCAAAUCAAUGACCCAUCCAUCAAUGACGAUAGCGUGAUGAUUUAUGCCCCUGCGGUCGCGGCGUUGAAUUAUUUUGACCGUGUUUUUGGCUUGAAUGAUACAUUCAUGACCGAUAUAAACCGGAAAUCUGAAAUUUGUGGAUACAACAAGUUCCUUGAAGCAGCUUUAACUUUCCCACCGCCAAAGGACUUCCCGAUUGCCCCAGAACCAUACAAAGAUGGCUGUGAUCUAUGGGACCAGAUUGUGAAGGCAGCAACCUACGUGAAUCCGUGCUUCAACAUGUAUCACCUGACAGACUUCUGUCCUUUCUUGUGGGAUGAAAUGGGCUUCCCCUCGCUGGCCGGUGGUCCGAACAACUAUUUCAACCAGACUGCUGUCCAACAGGCGCUCCAUGUUCCCAUCACUGACUACGCAGUUUGUGGUGGCGACAUUUUUCCGAACGGUGAUGGAUCAGUCCCCAGUGCGCUAGGCCCACUCCCAAGUGUUAUUGAACGCACCAAUAACGUAGUUCUGGGCCAUGGAUGGCUUGACUACUUGUUGUUCAUGAAUGGUAGCUUGGCUACAAUUCAGAAUAUGACAUGGAAUGGCAAGCAGGGGUUCCAGCACGCACCGACCGAGCCGCUUUUCGUGCCAUAUACCGAUGCCUUGAAUGCAGACGCCAAUGGGAAUGUACAAGCUCCUUAUACUGCUGAUGCGGGCGCUGGAAUCUUGGGAACUGCCCAUACAGAGCGCGGCCUCACAUUCUCCACCGUUUACGGCUCCGGGCACGAAAUCCCGCAGUACGUUCCUGGUGCCGCUUACCGACAGCUUGAGUUUCUGCUCGGCAGAAUCAAGAAUCUCCAGGAAAGGGGCUCAUACACAACUCAGUAG